AUGGACCAACCCUCCACCCUUGACCUCAUAGAGGAACACAAGGAAAACAUCCAGAUACUAUCAACUGGCAGAAGUGCCCAGAAGCUAGCUGAAGGUUUGAAAGGGUCUCGAAAUCCAAAUUCCAAGACUGAUCGUGCCCAUGAGAGGAACCGUUUCGAAGCACAAUUACAUCAAUGGGACCAACUAGAUGAUCCUCUUCUGGUGUUUGUAUCGUAUCUAGACUGGAUCCACAACACAUAUCCUAGCGGAGCCAGCCAUGAAAGUGGACUCUUGUCGCUUUUGGAACGAUGUACUUCCAGUCUUCGUGAUAUCACUCACUAUAAAAACGAUCCUAGAUACCUUCUCGUUUGGAUGGAGUACAUCAAAUAUCUGGAUUCACCACGAGACAUAUAUGUCUACUUGGCAAAAAAACAAAUUGGUCAACAACUAGCAUUAUAUUACGAGGAAUUCGCUCGAUAUUUGGAGAUCAACUCAUGCAUUGAGGAUGCGGAAGAUGUAUACAAACACGGAAUUGAAAGCCAUGCCAGGCCAUUAGCCCGCUUGAAAGCUUCAUAUGAUCGGUUCCUUCAACGUAAGACCUCGAACCAAACAGUUGAAAGUAAUCGUCCUCCAUUGACUGGAAUUCUGGCACCCAUACUAGACAUUGAUGUCUCUGAGCCCCCUACUAAGCGGCCCAAACUAGAAAUUUUCCGUGACGAACUUUCCGAAGAAGAUGGUAUAUCUUCAAUAUUCCGCUCACAGGAUUAUAACGGUGAGCUAGGCUCGAUUGCAGAAAGGACAAAAGAAAAUAAACUCAUGGCAAGGCCCUGGUCAGGAGAAAUGCUCAAACAAAACACAGACCUCUCCUCUCUAGGUCCAAAGUUUAGCGUUUUUAAAGAUGAAGAUGAAGACGCUACGGUGGCACAAAAAGUGCAAACAGAAGAAGGAACGUACACAUUGGUUAAGCAUCGUGGAAAAAAGCCUGAACGAUUACAGGUGGAUUUAUCACUUUUAGAGAAAGAUGGCCGUGAAAUCUGCUUGAGUGAGCUUCUUCUCAUGCUGAUAAGUAAGGAAAGCAAUUCUUUAGAAAAUGACCAUUCAAAGAAAGAAACUCUGAUGCAACAGGAGAAUUUUCCUUUAGAUAACAAUGAAGAGAAAGACGUUCCGAUAUUUGAGCAUACCGAACACUUUACUAUUCCAUUGAAAGGAAUCAGUGAAAGUGAACAAAGUGUGAAUGAACCAACAGUGACUCUAUACUCUAAGCAAGCUGCCAAUGAAGUGAUGAGUAUAUUCAACGAUGCGGCAAAGAAUGUUAUAGACGACGAUGAAGACCACAAAACUGACGACACUAGUAAUUUGGAUGGGUUUGUGACUGAAACGCUCAACCUUGAUAUCAAGGCGACACCUCCUACGACCAACAACAGUGUACAAAGCUCACCAUUCAUCGAACAACCUUUACACCACGAGAGUGGCGAGAGCUCCACAACUGAACUCGAAGUUCUCGAUCCAACCAACGAGAACACUCGAAGAAAAGCCCUACUUCAAUUGAAGAAGCCGCUCAAGUCGUACCCCAACUAUCAUGAGUACACUAAACUGGUGAACAAACUUCCCGUGUUCAAAAAGAUUACCACAAGCCCAUCGAGGUACAUACCCAAAGGAAACCGCCAUUCAAUUAUAGAUUUUUGUGGUGAAGAGAUCUUUUGUCUUCGAUGCGAAUUGGGUGAGGGAGGCUUUGGCGUUGUGUAUUUGGUGGAAACUGAGACCGGAAGCUUGAGGGCUCUCAAAGUAGAGACCCCAUCUACACCGUGGGAGUACUAUAUUCUCAACCAAGUUCAGCAAAGAAUUCAAGCUCGUAAUCUUCAAGAGAUGGUGGUUGCUCCGCGAGGCAUGUACUGCUUUCAAGAUGAGAGUUACAUGGUGAUGGACUACGUCAAACAGGGCACUCUUCUAGAUGUUGUCAAUUUCUUUCGCAUACAAAGACCAAACCCAAUGUCUAGUGGUGCAGAUGAGACAUUGUGCAUUUACAUAGCAGUGGAACUACUCAAGAUUGUUGAGCAGUUGCAUGCAAUUGGAAUCAUUCAUGGCGACCUCAAGGCCGAUAAUUGUAUGAUAAGAUUCGAGGAAGUAGAUGAGUGGAGUGAAAGCAUGAAUACGGAAGCAUGGAAGAGAAAAUCUAUAACGUUGAUUGACUUUGGACGAAGUAUAGAUUUGACUCUUCACAGCCCAAAUACUCAAUUCAAGUGUACGUGGGAAGCCGAUGAGCAGGAUUGUCCUCAGAUGAACAAUGGUGAACCGUGGUUAUAUGAGGCCGAUUACUAUGGAGUUGCAGGAAUCGCCCAUACGCUUCUCUUCGGCGAGUAUAUCAAGGUUCGCUUACAGCUGGACAGAUACGUUCUUCAAAGGCAUUUAAAGAGAUAUUGGCAACAACAUCUUUGGUCCAAAUUCUUUGACCUUCUUCUUAAUCCUUAUUCAGCAAAUGAGAUCAAGAAGCCUUUGGCUAGAGAGUUGCAAGUGGUUCGGAAUGAAAUGCAGGAAUGGUUGUUAGAAAAUGGCCACAGCAAGGGCCUCAAGAAAACAAUGUCGGAGGUGGAAGAGUACUUGAACGAGCAGGACAGAAUACUAAGAAGAGGAUUACGUUGA